UGCUGCUGCGACUGCUGUAGUUCUCUCGCGAACGCUGCUGGUAAGCUCGAACGGCCAUAUUUUCUUUCACUUCGGUUAAAAAUAAAAUGCCAUUUCACGCGAAUUCGUCGUAACGGGCGUGUGGUGCGGAGUGCGUAAUUGUGCGAAGAAAGAAAGUGUCGCCGAGCUGCUCGGCAAGGGAUUGCAAAUUGCCUCGCUCAUCAGCGUGUAAUAAACGUCGCCUUUUGUGGAGCAGCAGACACGCCAGUUUCUCCUACUACUGUGUUAGCAGGUGAUCGAAAUCGUUGUAAUUUCUCCGUGUUCGUUUGAUACGUCACCGUCGUUGCAGUGUAAAAUGGGUGCACAAAGAAGUGUAAAUUGCUUGAUGGUGUAGAAUCGUCGAAUCAUUUUCCAUCGUAUCUUGGCGUUGCGGAAAACAGUUUCCCUACAAGUAAUAAGGGGGGGGGGGCAGUGUGAGGUCGUCCCACAAAAUGUCUUCCUUUGAAUCGUGGUGCUGCAUCGUGUUUUCCGUAUGGUGGUGCUGAUGACGAUGACGACAUGUUGGUGAGCAGCGCGCGAUCGUGGUGUGAGGUGGAUCGCCUUCCCUUGCGCUCUGCGUGUGUCGGUACGCUGUGCGUGCGUGCGCGGCAGUGUGUUGGUGCGGCUGUGCGUUCGCGUACGGUGUGUGCGUGCGCGCGUGGUGUAUGUGGUAUUGGUGGUGCAACGGGCAUCGCGCAGUGUGUGUCGACGGGCAACCGUUGGCUGCGGGCCGUUUCAAUCGCCUCUGCGUUUCGUUAGCGAGUGCAUGCAUGGCUGCUUUGGCUGCGCUGAGAACAAGAACCCGCAGCUGCAUUUCGCCGUAGUAGAGCUUGUGUGUGUAUGUGUGGGGGUGUGUGUGUGUUUCUUUUUGUGAAAAAGGUUAAUCUCUGUCCAUUUCAAAUCGUUCAUUCGUUGCGGCCUGUGGUGCUCUUUUGAAAGGAUAAUUAGCAGCAGUAAGAGAGGGACCAUUUUGUAGACAGCAGUGCAGAAGAAAAGCACAGGCAGUCUGCUGCUCCUCUGUCUUUUCUGGCUGUAUGUGGUGUUGGUUAGUUGGUUGGUUGGGUGAUGUAGCGUUUUUCUACGCCUUCUCAGACGCUGGACUACGUUGGUGUGUGCGAGAGGUGUGCUGGAUGUGUAAGUCCACUGGGUGUACGCAGGUGGAAGAAGCUGCAGUGGAAUGGGUCAGGGAACAAGGGGAAGGAAAUAAAAAAUGCGUGCCUGUCGAUACCACCACUUUCGGAAUCAACCCCUCUCGGUCGGGGUUUGCACUGUGUGUGGGGUAGCCUCGGCUAGCGGAAUGUGUGUGUAGCUCUACACCCCCCGUGUGUGCGUGCGUUUCUCUGUGUAUAUUGGUGCGAACCGAACUGUAGGGGUUGUGUGUUUUGUGUUCCGUGACUGUACCCAAUUCCUUCGCGUAUUCAGCAGCAGGACAGAGGUCCACACGUUAGACGGAUGCAAUCGCACACGGAAAGGAGUGUGCUUAAAGAGUGAAAAAGAACGAGCGAGAGUAAAGGCAGAGGCGGACCACGGUUUAUCCAAGAUCGUUAGUGGUUUUAUCGGCGCAUCACUGUUAACUAGCAUUUUCCAGCAUAUUCGCGAAAAAAAAAAACAUUUUCAUCGUAGCAGCCACUUCGAUAUACAUACAGAAGGAGGUGUGUUCCCUUUUCGUGGUGCCCGGCGGAUAGAGACUACAACGAGCCAGUGCAAUUGCAAUUGUGCAUUAGUGCGAAAGAGCGAAAGAAAGAGAGAGAGAGAAAGUGAAAAGUCUGAAACGGCCCUUAUAAAAAAGAACGCCUGUGUGUGUGUUUCUGUAUGUGCUUGUGUGUUCGGUCAGAGUGUAACUACUACUGUUCGAGACGGAUCUUGUACCGUCUCUGGCAGCAGCAGCAGCCAAGUUAAUACAAUCGUUAACCGGACCGCGAGGUGUGAGGUGCAGUGGACCAACAGCACAACGUGGUGUGAGUGUGUGAAUAGCUAGAAGUUGGCAGUCGUUGUAGUUGCUAUCAGGUAGCGCAGCAGCACCACCAAUCAAUCCUCAGCACAAUGGCGUGCGCAACGUUAAAACGUUCGCUGGACUGGGAAAGCCUCAACCAGCGGCCGACCAAGCGGCGAAGAUGUCACCCGUUCGGCAGCCCCAGCCAGACCGCGUCUGCCUCCUCCUCCUCCUCUUCCCCGUCCGGCUCGUCCUCCACAUCCGUUGCGGCGGCCGCUGCCGCCGCGUCGAUGCGCGUCAUGGAACCGAAACCGUCGCCUUUUGCAGAAGCCACCUGUUCCAAGCUAACACCAGAAAAAAUGGCACAAAAUAUCACGGAGGAAAUCAAAAGACUGCACCGCAGGAAGCAACUCACCUUCAACAGCCACAACUUCGAACGCAUGCAGGACUCGGAAUCGAGCGGCUCCGAAAUGGGCCCGGACAGUCCCCGCCGACCAGACAGCCCUCCUAGCAUGGUGAAAAAUCCGGAAAAAGCCCUGUUCACCUUCAAGCAGGUGCAAAUGAUCUGUGAACGUAUGCUAAAAGAACGAGAGGAUGCCUUGCGGGAGCAGUAUGAUGCCGUGCUGACCACUAAACUAGCCGAACAAUAUGAUGCAUUUGUGAAGUUCACAUACGACCAAAUACAGAGACGUUACGAAGCAGCGCCAAGUUACCUCUCCUAAUCAGGGAUAUUAUGGAAAAUAUGAGAUGCGAAAGCAUACCAGAGAACAAGAGAACAGAGCGUGAAGAAGAAGAAAAACAGAAACAGAUACUAAAACAUUAAUAAUAAAGUAGAUGCAUACACGUACACGCCCACAUUGCACAGCCACACCAUGCUACCGAAGCAGAAGUUAUGUGCGUGGGAGUAUACUAGCAUAAGGUAACAGCAGCUCUUCAACAGCAGCAGCAGCAUCAUCAUGCUACAAAAAGGCGCCAGGGCAAGCAGAUGAUGAUGAUAUCCUGAACAGAAACCGAAUCUGCAUCGUCGUGUUAGCAGCGCGAAGCGACAGAACAAGAAAAGAAAUUGAACGCAUCUCAAUCACUACAAAACAAGUAAGAAAUUCCUCCAACAAAAUGGUUCACUGGAGAAGCAAGCAACUCAAGGGUGGUGGUGAGUGCCGAGGGAAGGGCGAGGCAUGAAACUUGGCCUCACGAAACUCACGGAUGUUGUUGGCUCCGCUGCAGGAUGUCGGACGGACUGGAAGGACGAACUUCUAUAUCCUCAACGCAUCCUAAAUGCCAAGGGAAUUAUUCAGCGCAAAUCGUACAGCUUUUUCGCCUAACGGGAGAGAAUGAUAUGCGUGAUUUCCAGGUUUUUGUUUUCUGCUUCCUGUGCGGAACAUGUUUUACAUUUCUCUCAUAUUUUUCAUUUAAGUUCUUUUUUUUUGUACGUAUUGAAAUCGAUUCUUUCUCUCGUGUGUAUGUGUGUGUGUGUGCGCUGCCUUACGCAAAAGUGAAAAGCGAUAGAUGGGUGGGCUACAGAGAAGAAGGAACACUGUGUUGCAAUUAGCUCUUGAAAUUUGCUGUCAUUAAAAUGAACGGGAAAAUACGUUGCAAAAAGGGUGUAAUGUUGCUUCAAUCAAUUACUAUCACUUUGUUUAUUAGAUAAAAUUUUCUGCUGGUUGUAGUUUUUCUUUGCUAUGAAGUGAAUAGGUUUUAUUUUGAUACUUCAGUUAUUGGUUCUCCUGUUUUUCGGCUUGCCUAUCAUCCGGCAAGUAGUUGAUUUGGUGUGAACCUUGUUUUCUGUCCGCUCUUGAUAUGUUUUAAAGCAAUUUGUUGAAAAUCCAUCUUUAGGCAGUAAUUUAGUUCAAUUUUCGGUUGAAACUUUUUUCUUAUUAUUUUUUUUUUUUGCUAUAAUCGUCUGUUACACUCUCGUCUAGAGCAAUAAUCGCUACGGAGCGAUGAAAGCAUUCUCAAUAAUUUAUUAAGUAAGCAACCAUACUCUGUCGCGGACGCGCAAUCGUGUGUUCUACAAUCAGCUUAAAAAUGCCUUUCUUCAUAUUGUUCAUCCUGACGGAGAGGUAAGGUUCUCCCCGGCUAGUUGGUAGAGAAAAUGAUACUUUCAUACAGUUAAGCUUAGCACGUAAGACGGCGGAGGUGCGUGCACGCCCGCUUCUCUACGAUCCUACCCGGUUGAUGAUAAAAUGGAGUGUUUGGCAAAUGUUCUCUUUUAUUUUGAUUAUCGGAUUGGAUUAUCGGAUUGGAUUUAGCAUUAGUUGUGUCUAAAAUUAAAGCUUAGGUCAUAGUAAAAUCUAAUAUCUGCGCAUAAAAGUUGGCAAAAGUCAUGGGGAGGAAUGCGAAGGGGAUUGUUCAACCAAUAAUUUAAUCUUUGUUCGGUUCUUUAAUGGUGUUGAAAUAUUCCAGCCUUUCUCUUCUAUUGGAGAUGUAGGUUACUAUAUUCGGACCCGCUAGGCAGCACACAGCUGAUCGAUGACUUUUGUCUGCUCAUGCCAGUCGGCAGAGCGAUCGGGCUCGGUUGGGCGUAAUGUGCGACUACUACCAAUUUUGUCAUCUAACCGUACAGUUUUUGGUACUUUUUUUUUUGUUUGGCUGUCAUCAAUGCAGUAAGAGGAAUCGUCAUGUGUGCACAUGUGCGAAGAAAUGACACAACAAGUAAGCAUAACUAAGGGAAACUUCAACUUACACACAUAAGGAGGAGGAGGGAAAAAAUCCGCAUAGUACGCUAAGUAAGAGAGAAUACACAACAACGUUAACUGAUAAGUCGUUUAUAUACACGAAUAUAUGUUUUAUAUAAAAGAAGAAAAAAAGUGAAACACGCACGCACGCGAGCAAAAGAAGGAAGACAAGGUGAGAGUAGUCGGGAAGUUAGUUGAAUAAGUCAUCAAAAGUUGCAAAGCAGAGUAAAGAAGAGAAUGAUUGCAUGAAAAAAUGAGCUAAACCGAACUGAGAAAACUAAAAAAAAAAGAAAAGAAAUGUUUAGGGACAAAUCCGUAUCGAAAUCUAUACCGAAACCCUUAUUCAUAAAAGGCGGAACUUAAGUACAGCAAACAGCAGCAGCAGCAGCAGAAGCAGCAGCAAUUAAUAUACUAUUACCUACUAUUGCAAACUACUAUUGCUAAUUACUAUUAACUAUUACUACUGCUACUACAACCUAUUGCUAGAGUGUACACUUGCCGUGAAGUGCAUUUUUUGCCUGGCAGGAGUGUUGCGCAUAGCAUUUCCUUUUUCCCCUUUUGUUUUUCGAAAGUAACCGAACAAUCUGAAUUAUUUUGAUUUUAUUGUCUUAGUUUAUACCUUUUUUUUUCUCCGAGAAGAUCGUAAAAAUUUAGCAUGCAUCGCAUAAAAAAAACCUUUCAGUUGAUUUAAAUACAAUUUUCCCUUACAAAGUCGCUUGUGCAGAUGCAGUUGUUGUAAGAAAUAGGAGAGAGA